AUGGCUGCCCUGCAGUGCCUCGUUAUUGUUGCUUCUUGGACCGCCAGCCUUGCGGUGGUGCCUGCCCUGAUUAGCGUGGAGAGCAGCGUGGGGAACGGCUCCCCCAGCAGCCUCGUGACCGUUCCUUUGAGGAAGCAGUACGUGCCCAUAGCGAGGAACGGUACGACGUUUGCAUACAAGACGUCGUAUUUUGGAAACAUCUCCGUGGGAGCGCCGGAGCCUCAAGAGUUCACCGUGGUGUUCGACACUGGGUCUGCAUACCUCGUGCUUCCCUCCGCCGGUUGUGAGACCGAAACCUGCUCCAAGCAUCGUUUGUACAAUCGCUCGCUGUCUGGGACAACCCUCGAUGUAGACCACAAUGGCAAGAUGAUCCCUCCAGGCACGCCCACGAGCAAGCGCGAGCAGUUGUCAAUCACUUUCGGUACGGGCAAGGUCGUCGGUGAGUUUUGCGAAGAUCGCGUAUGCCUGGGGCCAAGUCCGAAGGAUUGCACCACAGUUCGCCUGCUGCUUGCGAACGAGAUGUCUGAGGAUCCGUUCGGGCUCUUCGUCUUCGACGGCGUGCUCGGGCUCGGGCUCGACGCGCUUGCGCUGAACUCGCAAUUCAGUUUUUUCAGAAGGACUUAG